GUGCACACACACUCAGCCUGUCCUUAAACUCCAAACACAUACCUUGUCCUGUAAACAUAUCCACCAUGCAAGAAGAGAUGCUGUCAGGAUUUCAGCAGGCAGGGACAGAAGUUUGAGACCCUAUUAUCAGAAAGGGAAUCGUCAAGAGGCACUCGGAUUCAUACAAGCACACUUUACAUGCUGCUUAAGAUUACAAAGUUGCAAUCUGCUAGUCCCGGACCUGCCUAAUGGACUAUGUCAAAAGAUGAGGAAAUUCCGAGCCCGCCUCCAGGGUAUCCUGACUCAUGCAAGUGAUGUAAACACUCAGGAAAAACCUGGAACUGGGGUCACCGUGAUGAUGAAGUUUCAGUAGUAAAUCGUGACGACCACACAGAUUCCAUCUGACAAACCCAAUACAGCCCAGCCCAGUCUAGCCCAGCUUAGCCAGGAGGUUCUCCCUCCCUGAAUACAUGGAUGUACGAGGCAUAGGGGGAGCACAAUCUGUCGUUCCCAAUCCUGGCUCCCAGCACAAAAUGAGGGAUUUUCCCUCCCCACCUUUUCCCUGAGGUCAACCCAACACAACACCAUCCUGAUAAGUCCGACUUAGCCGGGCGCUCGAGUUUCAAUGCUCCACACCGUUCUAAGAUGAAGUUAUGGAAAGGGGUCAUUCUUGCCUUCAUCUUCAUUAGCACUGCUAUUUUACUCCGACUCCACAAAACCAUGCUGCUUCCUGGGUCCAUCAAGCCCCGGGCCUCGGAAUCAUCCACGCAUCCUUUGUCAGCAGGACUACGACCACCAUCAGCACCACCAUCAUCAUCAUCAUCUUCAUCCUUUCACAGGGAGAUGCGUCUUCGGCGGGUGGUCAGAUCAACAGAUGGCAUGGGCUCUCUCCUAUCAGAGUUUUCCUACUUGUUCCAGAGCUUCACAGAGGGCGAGCUGCAGAGCGUGAUCAGGAUGCUGGUGGACAGGAAGGCCAAAAGGUUAGGCGCAGUCGUGGUGAGCAGACGGGGCAGGAGGACCAAGAGGGCAAGGAGGGGCCCAAACCCGUGCAAGCUGCACCAGAAGCAAGUGAAGGUGAGUGACCUUGGCUUGGGCUAUGACAGCAACGAGAUUGUGCUCUUCCGCUACUGCAGUGGCAAGUGCACCAGCCUCCGCCGCAACUAUGACAUGGUCAUGGAGCACAUGCGCCUCAAUGAGUCGUCCAACCAGAAGGGAAAGGCCCGGAGCACAGAAAGCUCCAAGAGGGACCGUGCACGUUAUAGCCCCUGCUGCCGACCCACAAAGUUUGAGGAGGAUAUGGUGUUCUUCGACAACAAUGAAAGGUUCUCCAUCAUUCAGAACGUGUCGGCCAGAGAGUGCGGCUGUGUAUGAUGCCACAGGAAACAGAGAAACAAAGGAUGCAGGCAGUUACGGGUGGAAGCUUCAGAGAGCAAGGUGGUGAAAGAGGUCACGGUUGCAUGGAAUGCUCUGAACAAGCUCACUGUAGUCACAGGUGAAGCUUCACAGAGGCUGCAGUCAACUCCAUGGUAACAAAGUGAAAUUCAGAGUGGCUCCAGUAAACUCCAUGUGUCAGGGAGAGGAUACAGUCAACUCCAAACUCGUGUGAGUCGACUUCACAAUAAAAGAGGAGGCUUCAGAAUGACUACAGUCAACUCCAUGAUAACAGUGGA